AUGAAACGAACUCAAUCUUUAUUGGGAAACCUGAACAAAGUUCAUUGGGAUAGAAAGCCAUGGGAAGUUGGAUAUGUUGGUGAACCAGCUGGAAAACGAAAAGUGUAAGUUUACUCUAUUCAUUUUUGAUUUGGCGUUUAGAACGAGAAAACCUUAUGCUAUUGUCCAUGACGAUCAAGUAGCUUUGGUCAGACAGAGGUUGGACCGUGAAUGGGAGGUUAUGAAGAUGCUGAAUACACCUUAUUUGAACAAGGUAGGUGAAUAUUAGGGAAUAAUGAUGUUUUUAAAAUUUAUGAAGUUUUAUGGGGCUUGAGUUUGACUGGGGUUAUAUUAAUAUAACUUUUAAUAAAUGCUAGAUUAUGUUUUUAUAUUGAGUGCGUUUUUAGUCUAUUGUAUAAAUAAGCUUUUUAGAAAAUUUUAGUUAAUUUGAUUUAUUUUACACAGAAUUAUCAGGAUUUAAAUUUAUGUUGUUAUAGGUCAACUGAACUAUUCACAAUUUUUUGUCAAGUUUACUGUUUUUUUGAGGCAAUUUAGGUAAUCGUAGGCAGAAAACAAAUAAUAACUAACGUUUUGUCCUUGUUUCUGUCAAUUUACUACUUAAAUAUGAUUUUAUUUCCGCCUUAUUUUAGGAGCAAAUUAAGCCAUAUCACGCAGUUCACCGAACGUUUGUGAAGGAACUUGCGGACGAAAAGAAGCUAGCAGAAAAAGCACGAAUGCCUGGCGAUCCAAAGAGACUACUGGCUAAUGGAGAUGCUGACCCAUAUCACGCUAACUAUGGCAAUCUUCUACACAAAAGCCGUUCAAUUGAAGAAUCCAUGUGUCAUUUGAUCAGAAGGACAAGAUGGGACUGA